UUACGGUAUUACAAUAUUUGGCAUACAUGUUUACAUACAAUUUUACGAAACUGAAACCUUUUGCAGGGAAAAUGUAUUUGGAUAACCUAACACUGUGAUGAAGCGCGGUGGCGUCCAAGCGGCGGCGGGAUAUACGACCAGCUUCAAGACUGGGUCAUUGCAACAGACAGAGAGCUACAUCUGGAAUACCGCGGACGCUCUUGGAAGAGGGGCCACGGCCGUUGUCUAUUUUGGACGGCAUAAGGAAUCCGGAGAUGUGUGUGCGGUGAAGGUAUUCCAUGAACGGAUUGCCCGGCACAUGUUCUCCACACGACAGCGGGAAAUAGAGACAUUACGCACCUUGCGACAUGAGAAUAUUGUCAAACUCAUUGCUCUGGAAACUGAGACUGCCUCUAGCAAUGAGGUUCUGGUUAUGGAGUAUUGCUCUGGCGGUUCUCUCUACACCAUGUUGGAACAACCGCAGUAUGCUUUUGGAUUUCCGGAAACCGAAUUCCUCUUACUUCUCAGACAUAUUGCUGAUGGCAUGCGAUAUUUACGGUCACAAGGGUAUAUACACAGAGACAUUAAACCUGGGAAUAUCAUGAGGUUCAUAGCCGAGGACGGAAGAUCUUUGUACAAGAUAACCGAUUUUGGGGCAGCGCGGGAACUACAAGAUGACGAAACGUUUAUGUCAAUCUACGGCACUGAGGAGUACCUGUACCCUAAAAUGUACGAGCAAGCGGUACUGCGACGACCAGGUGUAAACGAGUUUGAUGCGUCGGUUGACCUUUGGAGUCUGGGGGUCACAUUGUAUCACGUGGUAACGGGGCAAUUGCCGUUCCAGCCAUACGGCGGGCGUAGCAAUGCAGCUACAAUGCAUUUAAUCACAUCACGAAAACCCACUGGAGCAAUAUCUGGUGUACAGAAAACGUUAAAUGGACAAAUUGAGUGGAGUCACACACUUCCAGACACUUGCCAGCUUUCAGAUUAUCUGAAGCAAGAACUGAUAGAAAUGUUUUCUGGUUUGAUGGAAAUUGACGCAAGCAAGAUGUGGACGUUUGAUCAGUUUUUUAACAUGGCACAUAAACUUGAUAACAGACUUACACUGAAUAUAUUCUCGUGUUGCACAGCACAACACAUCCGACUGUAUGUUGAAAAUGCCGACACGUACACCAAACUACAAGACAGACUGGCAGCGGAAACAGAACUACCCGCAAUAAACCAGCUGAUACUGUGGCAUGAUAAGCAGCUGGCUGACGUUAUAGACCAGACCGCCCAGAUACACACCUAUCCGAAAUCUGUGAUAAAGGCUCGAUUGUAUUUGGUUAAUAGAGCCGCGAUGGAAAAUUAUUCACUUAAAACGUUAACAAUACCAAACUUUCCUCAGAUAAAUCCAUCAAUGGAGAACCUGGAAUUGGAUGCACAAUCCUCUAAGAAAGCAGCCGCUGUGGCCUACUUGAUAUGUACUGCAGUGGGUAUCUUCUUGGAACAACAGAAACACAUUUCGAAAGGGGAACUUCUUUUCAGACGUUAUAUCAAGGGCAUUGUUUGCAAUUCUGAGUGGAUUGUCCCAGAAAUCCGACAGAGACUGGAUGAAACCAGAAUGCAUCAAGAGUCAUUCUCGAAGACCUUUAAUUUACUAUUGACAUUAUUUAAUACUUUGGAUUCAGUGACUCAUGUGGAUGAAAUGAUGUCCUCUAAAGUAGGGAUAUCUAUGCAGUUGAGAGAAACAGUUAAUCAGCUGUUAGAAUGCCUUCGGGAUGAAUCGCUUAAUAUGUUUUAUGAGAAGAUAUUCACGCGCCUAAAUGAGAUCGAGGUAUAUGUCAGUGUACUCAGUAAACGUAUAUCGGAGCAAGAGAUCGAAAGGUUAAAACAUGUGCACAGUUGUUUGGAGGAGGACCAUUGUCUUUCAAAAGCAGAGACAUUCAAAAGUAAGAUAGCAGGCGUGUCAGCUACGAUGGUGAAACAUCGCAAAUAUGGCGACUUACAUAGUCAUGAACAGUUCAUUCAUAAGUGCGAAAAACAGAAACUCCAGGAAUACACCAUGUUUAUGUGGUCUCUAGCAUUAGAGCAUUGCAGGAAAAAUCUCCAAAAUUGCUUUCGAAGCACGCAACGGGAAAUGGGAAACCUGACCAAACAUUUGACAAGAACUAAAAAAGUUGAACAAAACAUUUCUUCCGUAAAAGAAAGCUUGGUGCAACUUAGCGACCGGCUGAAACAGAAAGAAGAAAAAUGCAGAGGUAUUGUUGAAAGGAUAACAAAAUUGUUAGAGAAAACAUUAGUGAAGGGUAAAGGAAAGAAGAUUUCACCCCUUGCGAUUGGGGAUAUACGUGGACAGCCUCCAGGGGCAGAGACGCAGGAACAGGUUGGAUAUGAACCAAUCCGCUCCGAGUUACAUAUGCAAGAGUCCGUGACAUCAGAAAGUGAUUCUUCGGGACGAGAGGGCAGCUCAACCCCCAAACGUCAAAGGACAGUGCUGCUUGAUAAACUAACUAGAGAAUUGUUAUCAUUGAAGACUGAUAGUGACGAGUUGAAGAAAUUGGUCGUUGAGAGCGGAGACGUUAUGCAGAAGUUUCUAUCAGAAACAUCUAACCUUCGUAUAGAGGGCUCACUUGACAGCGACCAAAGACGACUGCAACCGGAUGACACGUAAUUGGCACCUACAAUGUGCUUAAAUAUCUCGCUAAAGCUUCAGCCGUAACCCUCAUAAAAUAUACUAUGUUAUCGGUGUCAUAAAAUAUAUCAGAAGAUAUACUGUACCUCAAUUAGUAGCCCUCACUAUGUGCACUGACAAAUUAACUGUCAUUAAGCACUAUGAGUAUGCUGAUUUAUACUCUUGAUGAGUUUUUAUAUCCAUAUCAAACCUUGUUUGGAGGUGUAUAGGAAUCAUUUUGUCCCUUUGUCCCAUUUCCCAAACUUUACAUGUCUUUCCAUAUUUCUGAAACCUAUUCAUGCAUUUGAUUGAAAGUUCACACAAAAAUUGAAGAGCAUGAUACUAAGUUUACACACCAAGUUUCAUAAUUCUGCUUUGUUUUGACAAAUGUGUUCCCAUUUUUUUUUAAAUUGGUGUUUUACUUGAACAUUAAUGAAACAAAUGAAUGUAUUAUAUUUGGGACUUCAAAACAGGUUGAAAUGACCAGAAGACCUGUUCACCUAUCGGGUCCCAUAACUCUUACUUUUGUUUUGACAAAAUUGUUUUCCUUUUGAAAAUUGCUGAAAAUUGACAUUUCCUUC